AUGACAGUAGUUGAAAUAUCAAAAAGCUUCAAUCAAAAUUCAGUUAUAAUAAAUGCCGAGCAUGAAAAUUUUCUUAAUUCUUUGGACGAUUACCCUAAGAACUAAUUUAAAGACAAUGAAAUUCAGACUGAAUUCAACAUGCAUUAACUUGACUUGGAGAGAAUGAAUCAGUAAAUCGAGAUUGAUAGUCUGAGGAAACAAUUCAAAGAUCUAGAGGAUAAAGUAGUUAUUGUAAAUGAGGACAAUGAAUUAGAUGAGUUAACAAUGAAUAUAGAAAAGCAAAUGGUAAAGUUUUAAGCUUAAGUUGAUAAAUUCUAAUCAGCAAUAAAAUUUGAUCCUGAAAUUAGUCCCAAUGAAGGAGGAGAUUGUAUAAAUAUCGAAUUUCAAAGCAAUAUGAAGAAUAAAAGUGGGUCUAAAUUUCCAAUGAAUAACCAUAUGUUUGAUAUUGGUGAUAUUCAAAAUAUUACUCAGCUUCCAAUGAGAAGAAAUGACGUUUCUGAGCUUAUGGAGAGAUAUGAUAAUGAGUAUAAGUUUAUUUAAGAUUUAAACUUAAAGAAAAUCAUUCUGGAUACUUUUACCACACUUGAGAAAUCUUUAUAGACUAUUCACAGACAUUCAGUCAAUUAUAAGAUAGGUGAGUAAGACCCAGAUUCAAAUGAGGAGUUUAAAGCUAUAUAAUAGUUAAACUUCUAGUACAAUAUUAUUUCAGAUAUGGCCUAGUAAAAAGAGUAUCUCGAAUCAUUUAAUUAGAAAUUCUCAAGGAUCAUCAAUCAAAUUGUUACAGUUAUGCAAUACUUGAAGUAGAAAGAACACAUUCAUAUGUCGCAAUUAGAAUCUUUGGCUUAAUAAAACUCUGUGCUUUUUGAAGAAAACUGUUAGCUAUAGAAAUAACUGCAGCUGAAAGCGUCUGAGUCAAUCAACAAUAUGGUAGGGUUAUCAUAGUACAAUUCUGAGAAGCAUAUCUAGGCACAUUCAAAGAAACUAAUCAAAGAACUAAACUCACUCUACCAUCAAAAGUUGGAGCUUUUAAAAUCUCAAAUAUCUUAAGAGAGUUCUCUUUAUUCAGCCACAGGAAAUAUGCUGAAUGAUCAAUUACCGAAACUAUAGUUUCUUCCAUUGGAGGACCCAAAGAUAUAUCAAAAGAUUUAAGUUAAUAUCGAUUUGAUCCAAGAAAUCGCAAGAGUAUGCAAGAGCAAAAUAGAUACAGCAGCAAAUAAUGAAUAAAAAUAUAAAUCUAAAAUUACUGAUAUUAUGAAUAAUUACAAGGUAUUUCGAGAAGUCUUGGAUAAUUUGGUAAAGAAAUAAUUACCUCGAUGCAAAAGGCUCUUGGAGAUUGAUUAAGAGUAUAUAAAGAUCACAAUGUUUGACCAAAGGAAUUUGAUUGAUCAAUGUAUUACAAAGGUUUACAAUGAUGACAAGAACAAAAAAAGGGAAGAGUCUAAGUUAUCAAAUAAAAUCAGCGCUCUGAAUAUUCUUGUUUGUCAUGAAUAGGUUAUUGAGAAAAUAGAAAAUCUGAUCUUAUAAAUUUAAUGA